UUAAAGCUUCUAAAGUUCUAUCUAUAUAGUGUUACAAGAUUUUUUUUUUUUCAGCUAAAAUUAUCCUUUGUAGUUACUCCUCCGAAUGCACAGCAGAGUACUUAAGGUCAUGUAUUUCUGAAGUUAGAGGUGUUCUACCUGUUUAGCUUUCUUUUGUCCUUCCCCCUUUCUUUGUACUACUCUUGUCAUCCCUGUCACACUACUUUCAUCAGUUAAUUGCCACGGGAUAUGCUGAAUGGAAGCCAGAGAUGCUCAGUCUUGCAUUGUAGGAGUAGAAACAUAUGUCUGAACUUAUAUGAAUAGCUUUCAGUCCAGCCUGAUCCCUCUCUUCUGCAGCCAAAACCACUGAGCCUUCUGCACCAGAGCCUUUUGUCCUAAGUUGCUCCUGUGCUGCUCCUGAGAGUGUAAUUAUCUUAAUAGGAUUGAGAUGUGAACUGUAGCCUUGUGAUAACAGGCUCCUGGGUUUUAAUGCCACUUGCACAGAAUCCAUGUUUCAUUGUUUUCCUUGAGCUGUACUUGUACUGUACCCAGAAACACCUUGCCACUUAUGAACCUACCUGAAGCCCUCCAUGAGCUCAGCAAAUUUGAAGUCCAAGUAGGAAUUCAUUAUUUUUUGAUUACAUAGCUAAGCUUGCUUAAGAGGAAAUGGGCCAGUCCCUUGAUAAAGGCAAGCCCCUCACGGGAAGGCAGCCCCUGCCAGUCUGGGUAUGGCUUUGCAUUCAGGGUACAGGAUUUUGCUGAAAAAACAGAACUGGCUGGGAAGGUGCCUCAGACAGCAGAGUUACUUAAGCAAACAUUCAGAGUGGAUCAACCACAUUUGAGAAAAUUCAGGCCUAUGAAGAUACAGCAUCUUUAACCUACAGUAUCUACUAUAUUUAAGAAAUCAAGCCAGUCAUGGGACUACUUUAAAGCUACAGGUCUGUAUGAGGGGUGGCCCCUGACUACAGUGGUGGUCCUCCUUCCAGGUGAAGCGACAGAGCAAUUUGCAGCAUAUCAAAUCUUCUAAACCUGAUGAUGACUUGCUGACGUACUGGGUGUGGGAAGCCCUCCCCUCCCGGCUGGCUCUGAGCCGGUGGUGCUGCAGGACGGCUGAGGACAGCCAGGUCUCCUGGUGCAGCUUGUCCCACUGCUUACUCAUUCACAGGUCACAGCGGAGCGGGGCUUCUAAGCAGUGAAGCAGCUUGAGAUUGCCUGAAACGGAUGUGCCUAGGGAGCUGCACAGAUUCCUUCUGGUCUGCAUGAGGAUCCAGCAGCCCAGUUUCUGGAGGGCUCAAGCAUGUGCAGCUCUUGGGUUGUAUUAGCCUUUUGCUGCUUGGGACAGCUGUGUGCAGAUCAAAGCCUGAAGCCUCAGCUUGCAGCCCCUCAGCUUGCUACAAACAAUCCCACUCUUACUACAGUUGCCCUAGAAAAACCUUUCUGUAUGUUUGACAGCUCAUUGCAUCCAAAUAAAUCUUACACCAUCUACUUGUAUGCAAUGAAGGAAACAGCAAGUGCAAUAAGCUCCCUGGUGACUGACAGCAGCGGCAAACCACUCGACAGCACCUUCCAACAAACAAGUGGCGGGCAGCUUGGACCUUACAAAGCUGCCUUGUUUGAUGUACCCAAUUGUGCAUCGCCUCCCAGAUUUGCUGAUGUAGGAGAUGUCAACAAAGUUUCUGAUGUCCUGAAACAAUACCUCUUCAGAGUCGGGGAUGAUGGGACAUGUUUGUAUGACCCAAACUUCCUAGCAGUCUGUAACCCACCUCUUGCACCAGAUACAACAUACAGGUUUAAAUAUGUGUUGCUAGAUAGCACUGAAGGUAUCAUGAAAGACCAAACUCUCUGGUCUGAUCCAAUCAAAACCAGAAGAGUUAAACUUCCCUUGAAAAUUGACACCUGGCCUGGUCGAAGGAGUGGAGACAUGAUUGUCAUUACAUCGAUCCUAAGUGUUCUUGUGUUCCUUCUGCUUGCUGGCUUUCUUGCCUCUGUGUCCUCUGCUGCCAUGGGAUCAAAAGAUUCUUCCACAGAGACAAGGUGCAUGUCUCAGACUAUUCAACAAAGUGAACCGAGACCACAGUUGAGCUCUGAGUGAACAACCUGAUUCAAGUCAAUGGUGGAAAUGCAACUGAAUUGCUAUAUGUGCUAGACCUAAGGGACUGUCUCUUCUACUCAACACUAGUCCAAAAGAAGCUACAGAACACAACCCAGGCAACUGAAGAUGAAUGGCAUACAUGAAAUAAGGACAACUUUUUUGAAGUCUUGCAGUAUGUGAUAUCUUGUCUUGUCCUAAUGAGAUUUGAUUUAGUUAAUUGCCCUGUAUAGAACAUAUCGAAUGCCUGGACUGAAGAAAGAAUCAUCACAAGAUCCUUCAACUUCAGUGGUGUGAUCAGAACUUGUCUAAUACAUGCAUCUCAUCUGGAGUAAGCAUUACUGCAGACCUCUCAUCUGCUUCUCAUGAUCAGAUGAACAUGAUGUAGCCUUUUGUGUCUCAACCUUUCUCUAUAUUAACUGAUGAGGAAUAAAGAAAAACAGGCUGCUUUAGAAAAAGAUGUUCUUAGAGAAAACUAGGGAUUAAAAGGUAGACAACAGGGAGCUACUGCUGCUUCCUCAGGAUUUUAGUGACUAUUUGUGUCAUAAGACUUCCCUUUUUUUCCUUUCCUUCCCUGAAAGAAAGCAAGCAAGUGCCCUGUAUGUAGCAGAGUAAUUCUGAUCUCAAAUACUUAAAUACCCUCAAACAGCUUUGCAGGGAUGAAAGCUAAUAAAACUGCUUCAAAGAAGGUGUGUUCUUUCAGA